AUGAAAAAAGAAAACGAAAAAUUAGCUAGAAGGGUGCAUGAAAUGGAGGUGCAAAUCGUCGAGCUACAACAGUAUAGUAGGAGCAACAACCUGGAGAUCCAUGGUAUACCACAAACACCUAAUGAAGAUGUCUACGGAAUUAUUGAGGACUUGUCAAAAGCACUCAAUUUCGAAAAUGAUGUUUCUAAGAUCGAUGUAGCUCAUAGAGUUCCAACAAAUAACAAAAAGACUAUUCCACCAAUACUAAUAAGAUUCAAUAACAGAAGUGAGAAAAAUAACUGGUUUUCUAGAUAUAAGCAAGUACAGAAGGAUCUGAGAAAAAUGCAACCACCAGGACAACUGAGAACUACAGCAGUCAAUAAGAAUCUUCAAGAUGGGCCAGUAUACAUCAAUGAAAAUUUAUCAGCAUACUAUCGUGGUCUUCUGAUGGAAGCGAAACACUUUGCCAAGGAGAACGGAUAUAGAUAUACGUGGGUCAUGAAUGGGAAAAUAUAUUUACGUAAGCAAGAAGACUCAAGACCAAUCAGACUG